GCACGAAAAAACGAAAACGAAUUUACCUUUACUACGCAGUCGCUCAGAAUCCAUCAAAGUUGGUCCAGGACGAUUUAACAAGAGAUUUAACCCUAGUAAGCGAGUAUCAUAAAGGUGACUUUUUUCAGCUGCUGUGUUUCCUUGAAUUUUUUGUGCUUAAUAUGAAAUAAAUCUAUAUCAAGAUUUAAAAACAGAAGAAGGGGUAAGCAAACAAUUGCAUUAAGGUGGCAUUUCCAAUAGAACGGUGGUUUUUACAUACAAAAACAAAAAGAUAAGCCUCGACUUGUGAGCUCUUGCUUAUCACAUUUAUUGUCAUUUAUCUUCAAGUUGAUCACUAGUCAAAACUUUGUACCAAGUACAAAGAACAUUAGAGAGACACAAACGUAAUGUCACUGAUCUUGACAGGGAUAUUUGACGAUUAGAAUUAAAGACAUGGAAAUAUCCCACUAAGAAAACAUCAAUUGUGAUUACUUUUAAAUUCUCAUCAACAUUUUCCUUUGUUGAUUCAAGAGAGAAUACGAAAAUUUAGUGAAAAACAUAAGAAAAGAAAUUGUCUCGAUUUAUCUUGUAAUAAACGAUGAAAACUGGGAAGAGAAAGUUAAAAAGUUCAUCUAAUAUGCCUCCAAAGUCAAAAGAGACGGAGGUUCUAUGGUCGGACAUAGCUGGUCGCAUUUUGCUAAAUGCGAUCUCUCAUCCUAUCGAAUAUGCGAAGGUUCUGAUACAGAUUGGAUAUGAGCCUAUACCACCAAAACCAACUGUAUCAUUGUUUGGAAAGCCAGCACUGAAACUACCCAAUGUCUUCACAUAUAUUAAACAUAUAAAAAGCGUGGAUGGUUUCACGGGUUGCUACAGGGGCUUGAUGCCAAAGCUGUGCUCCUAUACAGUUAGCACAAUAGCCUGCGAAAGAACUUUGGAGUACCUUCAAACAAAUUCAGAGCAAAACGAAGAGGAAGAUGACGAGGAUGAAAGUGUGAGGCGUGCAAGAUGUAUACGCGAGCUCACAAGGGACGUAAUUAGUAGAACGGUCGCAAUCGUAGUUAGUCAUCCUCUGGAAAUCAUUUCAUUAAGGAUGAUGGCACAAUUUGUGGGUGGAGAAACCAAGUAUAGUGGUAUAUUCGGAUCGGUCCUGGAGAUCUACAGGGAGAAUGGAAUCCUAGGAUAUUAUUCAGGAUUGAUACCACGUAUUAUAGGAACUACUGCUGUUAUGAUACUUGCUGGUGUUUCCACGUAUGUCGUAAAUAAUUAUAUAAUACAGGAACCGACGAUGAAGCCAUACACUGCCUCAAUGAUGAAGUUUCUAGCCACUACUGCUAUGUAUCCAUUUCUGGUUGUGUCUCACUGCAUGGCAGUAAAUGACUGUGGUUUGGUAGCUGGCGUACCGCCGCACAUGCCGAUCUACAAGAAUUGGCUGCAUUGCUGGUCCCAUCUGUCGAGUCACAAUCAGCUGAAAAGAGGCAGCAGUCUGUUAUGGCGUUACUAUACUGGACCGCAAAUGCUGCUGAAUGGCAAACUAAUACCGAUUAUGGAUAAUAAUUUCUACCGGCCCAGUCCUUAAUGAACAUCAAGUAAGCUAUUGAGUUCGUAAGUCAAAUAAGUCUGUUCCAAAUGCUAAUUCCUAAGUCACACCAACGUUGAUCAAAUGUAUUCAUUUGACGUUUUAUUUAUGCAGUAUGUACAUUUAACCAUAAAAAGAGAACAGCAAAGGAAAGUUUAGCGGCAACGAAUUUCUAGAGAAGUUAUAUGAGAAUUCCCUGUGUUAUUAAACGUUCUUGUAAGAUAAAAAGAACAGUUUUCUAGUAUAUGUGAUAAGAAUGUUAAAUUGGCAUAUGUCAAUCUCGUUAAACCAAAGUUAAAUAUUAAUCUCAAGUAUUAGAUUGAAACAAUAUCAUGUUAGUUAAAAAUUUUCUUUAUAACACCAAGGAGCAUAUAAAUAUAUAUGAUAGCAUAAAAUAUUUCGAUAUGUUUGAGUAGCACAAAGCAUUUCAAAAUACUUAAGGGUCGUUAACAAACUCUCAAUCAUUUUACAAACUCUCAAUUAUUUUACAAAAUUUGCUAAUUUUUGUAAACUUGUUAAAAUAUUAGUCAAUUUUUAAUUUCACUUUUUACUUUCCAAAUCAUAUUGCAAGAAAAAGAACCAAUUAGGAUUAGUCGGGAUGAUUACAAUAAAGAAUCAAAAAUUAUUGUGAUUAUUUUCUAACGAGGAACUCAAUAGAGAUCAUGAGAUUAAUAAAUAAAACAUUUUACGAUAACUAUUGGUAUGAUUUUCGAGACAAUGAUAUUGCAACAUUUGUUCUGCUGUUAUCAAUCGCCUUAAUCGAUCCUAUAUCGUCAGAUUAAACCUGCAUAAUAUCUGUAAAUAACGGAAAAAAUAAAUUAGAACGAAUUCUCUGCGUUGCACAAUAAAAAAUGAUACUAGAAGAA